AAAUCAGAAAAUGGUGGAGUAGCUCAAAUGAGCAUGCGUAAAAAUGUUACUACUCCCAGUACAACAGCAAAAUCAGAACAGCGGCGGUGUUAACUGUGCAUUAAUUGGUACAUGGGUUUAAAUAGCUAACGAUUUUUUUUCCUACCUUUUCAACUCAUUAACCAACUUUUACUAUAACUUAAGAUGUUUGGCUUCCACAAGCCCAAAAUGUACCGGAGCAUUCACGGUUGCUGUAUCUGCCGAGCCAAGUCUUCUAGCUCCCGCUUCACUGACAGCAAGCGGUAUGAGAGAGACUUACACAGCUGCUUUGGGUUAAGUGAGAUGCGCUUUGGGGAGAUUUGUAAUGCCUGUGUCCUUCUGGUGAAACGGUGGAAGAAACUCCCAGCCGGAUCCAUAAAGAACUGGAAUCAUGUUGUUGACGCAAAAGGUUCAGGAUCAAGUAUGAAGACUGCUACAGGGUCCAAGAAAUUGAAGAAGAGAGUUAGGCCAAGCCAGAUUGGCCAAGUGCAGAAGGAGCUUAAAAGACACAAUUCUGACGCCCACAGCACCACCUCCAGUGCCUCCCCAGCCCAGUCUCCCUCCUACAGCAACCAAUCAGAUGAGGGCUCUGACACGGAACUCUCACCGAGUGCCGCCCACUCCCCAGUUUUCUCUUUCCUGGACCUGACCUACUGGAAAAGGCAGAAAGUGUGCUGUGGCAUCAUCUACAAGGGACGCUUCGGUGAGGUGCUCUUAGACCCCCACCUCUACAAGCCCUGCUGCCAGAAAAAACGUGAAGUUGAGAAGGCACAGACAAGUGGAGAGAGUGAAAUGAAACCCCUGCCAUCGAGCAGUCCUCUGCCGGCCCAGGUCAAAGAGGAAGAAAAGGAGGAGGGUGAGGGGGAGGAAGUGUGGUGAUUUGACUGUCCAGUGUCACAAAGGGAAAGUCACAUGGCACUCGACGGAAGUCUGAUUGAUGGUUUGGGAUUUUAAGUCCUUGUGCACUCUGAACAACGUCUUCUGGAAUUUGUUUGUAUUCAAGAACAGCUGGAUUAUUUUUGUCCAAGUUUGUUCUGUAUUUAGAUUUAUUUACCCCGCCCCCCCGGGCUUCCUAUAGGCGCCUUUCUGUGUUUGCAAACAUUGCUGCAUGACAGUGAUACAUGCCAUGUUCCUAGCGGAACACAAGGAGAGCAUAGAAUGCUCUCAUAAAGCACCAGCAAAAGAAAGCCUCCAUUUACAUGUUGCUUGUGAGUGCAGGUCACUUCUUCUGGAUUAUAAUUGGAAUAUUUAGUUUUUGUCUCAUACGGAUGUACUGAUUAACAAUAUUUCUCACAUCAACUGGAUUAUGCUUAAUCAACCUAAACUUCAGUAAAAUGGCUUUUUGGGUGGCUUUAGCAGGUCAGUGGCUGUUAGUGUUCUAGCCAAAAAAAUUGCUGCAUCCAAAACGUGUGUAUUCAUGUCCUAUAAAAUAUAGUCUUUGAAACUGUCGAAGCAAUAAUCAAAACAACAUUAUUAGCGUUUACAAAGUGAAAUAUGUCAAUGAAGUCUGAAUCGGGGCAGAUUGGAAGGCCAGUCUUUCUGCAUUUUUUUGUGUGUGCAUUUUUGCCUGCUAUAUUGUGUAGUGGUGGGAGAAAAACACAUCUAUAUGAACUUUAGUUUUUCUACCUUUUUCAAUCUGAGUGCCAUGAAAGACUUGUUUUUCAAUUAUGAAAUGCUGGAACCAGGCAAAGCUGCAUGACAAAUAGACCUCUUGAACUGUAACAGUUUUCUUUUAGGAUAGAGCCAUAUCAAUUUAGCCUAGAGAACAGGCUUCCAGACUUUGCCUUCUUGACCAUGCUCUAUUGCAAACACUGGCCCUGAACACAUCCUGAAAGAAUGCAUUUUAUUUUUCUUUUACGUGCCCAUUUAAAGUGGUGCUAUCAAGCCUAAAAUGGUUGUCAAAACCAUUCACUUUCCAAAUUUGACUGACUAAUUGAGAUAUGAUAGUGAUUCUACUCAAAGAUGACACAAAACUUCAUUCCAGCCCAAAAUGGGAUUCUUUUUUUUAAUUUUAUUUUUUAUGGUUAAUUGCUGUAGUCUAAGAAUGCGAAUGGUUAGGUUUUUAUUUACUAAAGCAGGAAAGAUUGUACAUUUUUAUUAUAUUUUUU